AUGAUGAACUCGCAGAGCCACUCGAACAUGCACGUCGCGGCGCUGCAGCCGUCGCUGUCCCCGCAGUCCGUGACGCGCCGCGCCACCGUCGCCAACGACGGCGAGCUGUACCGCCACCGCGCGUCGGGCGCCACCAUCGAGCGCGCGCCCAGCGCCGGCAGCGGCAAGGUGGACGUGCAGAUCCUCAAGAAGCUCUCGGCCUCGGUCUCGCACUUCGAGGGCCCGCGCAAGAACCUGUCCUUCGUCGUGUCCGUGGAGACGCUGAUCCCGGGCCGCCGCGCCUUCUCGGACGAGCGCGAGUCGUGCCAGCUGGUAGCGCGCUCCUUCGACGACUUCCGCCGCUUCCGGCGCUCGCUGCUCGCGCGCGUGGGCAGCCUGCACGACCCGUCGCUGCUGCUCUCGGGCCGCAGCGGCAAGUGCCGGUGCGAGGGCGACAACGGCUGCCCCUUCGACGUCACGCGCAGCUUCCUGGAGCGGCUCAAGUUCACGCGCAUGCCGUUCCUGAGCCUCGGCGAGAGCGAGGCCGACCUGACCAAGCGCCAGCAGGAGAUGGACAACUUCCUCCACAUCAUCUUCGCCAUCCUGCACCGCAUGCAGCCCGGCUCGUGGCACCCGGAGUGCCGCUUCCUGCAGGACGUCAUGGCCUUCCUCGAGGUCGAGGAGUCCUUCUCGCAGCAGAUGGAGCUGCUGCUGCGCGCCAAGAACCGCCACAUGAACCUGGACGGCUGGAAGGCGCACACCCUGGAGACGUUUGGCUCGGGUAUCGGCGUCUAA